AUGGGAAAUCUUCCAAGAGAGCGAAUAACCCCAGCUAGACCAUUCGAACGGUGUGGGGUGGAUUUCUGUGGACCAAUCAAUACGCACUUUAGAAUUCGCGGCAAACGUCCUUAUAAAACAUAUAUCGCUAUCUUCAUAUGCUUUGUGACCAAAGCGGUGCAUAUCGAAACAGUAUCUGAUUUGUCCGCUGACGCAUUCAUCGCAGCACUAAAACGAUUAAUUGGUCGCCGUGGUAUUCCAUCAAAUAUUUUCUGCGACAAUGCGACAAACUUUGUUGGAGCGAACUCCAGGUUAAACGAGUUCAAACAAUUGAUCACAAGCGCAGCAUUUAAAAAUACCACAGAAAAAUUUUGUGCAAAUCACUUCAUAAAAUUUAACUUUAUUCCACCUAGGUCUCCGCAUUUUGGUGGUCUUUGGGAGGCAGCAGUUAAAAGCGCCAAGGGACAUUUAUUUCGUUCACUGGCAAAUGCCAAGAUGACUAUUGAAGAAUUGAUGACAGCAUUAAUUGAAAUCGAAGCUGUUAUGAACUCACGUCCUAUUUCGCCUCUCUCUAACGAUCCAAACGACCUAGAAGCGCUGACACCAGGUCAUUUCUUGAUAGGAACACCAAUUAACUCAUUGCCGGAGCCAAUCGUUGACAAUCAUGAUCUCACUCAUUUAGAGCGUUGGAAACGUAUCGCAGCUGUCAAACAGCAAUUUUGGUGCAAAUGGUCCAAUGAAUAUCUAGGCGAACUUAUUCAACGUCAUCGCUGGACAAGCAUCAAAUGUAAUAUUAAACUGGAUGACUUAGUCUGGAUGACUAGUUCACGAGGAUAA